CACUGAUGUUUUUCUUUAUAGAUAUUUGGAGUUCCUGCAACAUGGCAGACGUUGACAACAAAGAACAGUCUGAACUUGAUCAAGAUUUGGAUGAUGUUGAAGAAGUAGAAGAAGAAGAAACUGGUGAAGAAACAAAAAUCAAAGCGCGUCAGCUGACUGUUCAGAUGAUGCAAAAUCCUCAGAUUCUUGCAGCCCUUCAAGAAAGACUUGAUGGUCUGGUAGACACACCAACAGGAUACAUUGAAAGCUUGCCUAGGGUAGUUAAAAGACGAGUGAAUGCUCUUAAAAACCUUCAAGUUAAAUGUGCACAGAUAGAAGCCAAGUUCUAUGAGGAAGUUCAUGACCUUGAAAGGAAAUAUGCUGUUCUCUAUCAACCUCUAUUUGAUAAGCGAUUUGAGAUCAUUAAUGCAAUUUAUGAGCCCACGGAAGAAGAAUGUGAAUGGAAACCUGAUGAGGAAGAAGAAAUUUCGGAGGAUCUGAAAGAAAAGGCCAAGAUUGAAGAAGAGAAAAAGGAUGAAGAAAAAGAAGACCCUAAAGGAAUUCCUGAAUUUUGGCUGACUGUUUUUAAGAAUGUUGAUUUGCUCAGUGACAUGGUUCAGGAACAUGAUGAGCCUAUUCUCAAGCACUUGAAAGAUAUCAAAGUGAAAUUCUCAGAUGCUGGCCAGCCUAUGAGUUUUAUCUUAGAAUUUCACUUUGAACCCAAUGAAUAUUUCACAAAUGAAGUACUGACAAAGACAUAUAGGAUGAGAUCAGAACCAGAUGAUUCUGAUCCCUUUUCUUUUGAUGGACCAGAAAUUAUGGGUUGUACAGGGUGCCAGAUAGAUUGGAAAAAAGGAAAGAAUGUCACUUUGAAAACCAUUAAGAAGAAGCAGAAACACAAGGGACGUGGGACAGUUCGUACUGUGACUAAAACGGUUUCCAAUGAUUCUUUCUUUAAUUUUUUUGCCCCUCCUGAAGUUCCUGAGAGUGGAGAUUUGGAUGAUGAUGCUGAAGCUAUUCUUGCUGCAGACUUUGAAAUUGGUCACUUUUUACGUGAGCGUAUAAUCCCAAGAUCAGUGUUAUACUUUACUGGUGAAGCUAUUGAAGAUGAUGAUGAUGAUUAUGAUGAAGAAGGUGAAGAAGCGGAUGAGGAAGGGGAAGAAGAAGGAGAUGAGGAAAAUGAUCCAGACUAUGACCCGAAGAAGGAUCAAAAUCCAGCAGAGUGCAAGCAGCAGUGAAGCAGGAUGUUUGUGGCCUUGAGGAUAACCUGCACUGUAAUAGCCUAAACACAACUAUUAUUUACUUCCAGCCUUAUGUUUUUGUAUUUUCUUGGUAGACUCUUAAAUUCUUUUUAAAGGAAAGAAAUUGACAUUUUAAAGACAAAUUUGUUCUAGCAUUUUAAAUAGUUUUCUGUCCCAUGUGUUGAAUGCACGGAUCUUCUCAUGCAUGUCCAUUUGUUGAUGCAGUUUGGUUCUUUGGGAAUAUUUUCAUCAUGUAGCUAUUGGAUUACAACCAUGAAAAUUAACAACAGUUAAACAUUUUUUUUUUGUUUGUUUGGCUAUUUUCUUUUCCUAAAGAACCAAGGUAGUGUUUCACCUGGUAGUACAAUGAGUUUUAAGUUCGCUUGCAUUAAUUGUGCUUUUUAUUAUAUUGUUACAGAAAUGCAGUGACUUAAUACUACUAAAAAAUAUCAUUAAAAUAAACCUUGUGGUUAAGAAUUUCCAGUAAUAAGACCAAACCCAAUAAUUGUUAGGUUAUUCAUGGAUUUUUAUAUAUUAGAUAAUAGAGUUUAAUUAUAAGAAUUCUGACUCAUAAUAUAUAUGGCUAUUGGUUACCACAGGGAGGUGAAUAAGACCUAGAAACUUUAGUCACUAAUACUAUUAAAGAGUACUUUUAAAUUUUGCUUCCAUUAACUAAGCAUUUUUUUCUUUGUGGUAGGGUCUACCUUCUGCUUUCCUGGAAAGGAUGAAUUUACAUCAUUUGACAAGCCUAUUUGAAGUUUUUUUUGUUGUUUGUUUGCUUAUUUUUGUUUUUUCAGCCUAAAAUAAAAAUGUCAUACAAUUUUAGUUCUCACAGGAUAGUGUCUUAAUUUUAUACUAAUUCAUGUGAGGAACAGAGGCUUAGCUUAAAUGAGGGUUCUUAGUAUGGUAUUAUUGAAAGAAAGGAUAUGAACUUUUGAAAGAGGUGUUAAGGUAGUGUUAAGAAAGAAAGUCAUAAGUUAUGUGUUAGGUUUUUUAAAAGGAAAUAAAUUUGUUUCAUUUCCUUUGGUUUAGAACUAAAGAGAAAACCAAAACCCUCAGCCUCUGCUUUAUUCUAACUCUUAGUGCGUCAGUAUGAGUGUCAUUUACCAAUGCUUUUGUUUACUAUGUAUUAAAAUGGGUAGUACUGUUUCCUUAACUACCUCACAGAUGUGUUAAAGCAUAUUAAGUUAAAUCUUAUGAGUUAUUUCUGAAUCUCAUUAAAAGCUCAAAAAUUUGGGCCUCAUCUUACCACAAGUAUGAUAGUGAGCAUUUUACUAGGCUUUGAUGAUUAAACUGGAAAGUGAAGCUUACCUGUUGUGGAUCAGGCCGGAAAGCACUCCUUUACAUGUUCAUGUGGCUCUUAGGUUAAUAAAAAUGGAUGGAAUGGGCCAACUAUUUCAAAAGAUCCAAGGAUUUUUUUCCUAGGUAUUUUGGAUGACCGUAUUAUAGUAAAUACUGAAGAGAUCAUGUGAAUAAAGAGUUUAAUAAGGCCAUUUUCCAAAAUGGUUUGGUGCCAUUAAGUCUGAUUUACAGAGCCACAUUUAAAAUACCUCAGGCUAAUUACUGUUAAUUUUGGGAGGUGAACUUUUUUCUUUCCCUUUUUUUUUUGACAACACAGUAGAAUUGCAGUGCAAUUAGAAGAAGAUUCUUUUGAGAAAUGUCAUAUUAAGAUCUUAGAAUGUAAACACAUUUGUAUAGUACUAUCCAUAACUCUUCCUCAGAUUUUUAACUACUGGAAAUCCUUAACCAAUAACAAUAGGUUUUUUUUUCUUCUCUUUAUUUUCAAAAUGAUUUGAUUGCUUUUAUUAGACAUUCUUUGCUGAUAUUUUUUGUAAUUAUAGUUCAUCUAAACAAGCUUUUUUCUGAACAUUAAAAUUUGUAAUCUGAAGAUAGAAUCCCAUUUUUAAUGAACUUACAGAAGUAGCAAAAUCAUUACUUUUCAUUCCUUUAGGAAAUAGCUAUUGCCAAAGUGAAGAGGUAGAUUAUAUUUCUUGUUGUUAUAUAAUGGGGAUGCGUUUGGCAGAGGAAUUGUUUUCUUUAUAAAAUUUCAAGGGAUGUCAGUGUUCAUUUAUGCCAUUUCUUCAGUUCCAAAAUGGUUCUAUUCCAUACCAGAAAUUUGAAAUAUGUAAUCUGAAAAUCCUUAAUAAAACUUGGAUUUAAUUUUAUAAAAUA